AUGGCUGCAAGACCUGUUAAUCCGAUCAUACCAGGCUUUGCACCUGACCCAUCUAUUGUGUUGGUUGAUGACACUUUCUUCCUGGUCAAUUCGACCUUUCACGUGUUUCCUGGUCUACCCAUCUUUGCAUCUAAAGAUCUUGUGGAUUGGAACCAAAUCGAUACAAAUGGCGAUGUGAUGCUGGCAACGGGUGGUUUAUACGCUCCAACCAUCAGAUAUCACCAUGGAACUUUUUAUGUAGUUUGCACCAAUAUCAUCCAUCCAGAGGGUGAAAGUCGCGAUAUCAGCGAAAACUUCAUUGUCUCUUCAACGGACAUAUGGGCCGAUGCAUGGAGCGACCCAGUCUACUUCGAAUUUAAGGGCAUCGAUCCAAGCAUAAUCUUUGAUGAAGAUGGCCGCAGUUAUAUGCAUGGCUCUGCCGCACCUGGUCCCAUGACCAAGAUUCACCUCUUUGAGAUUGAUCUCAAGACCGGAAAGAAACUUUCAGACGAAAAAAAGAUUUGGGAUGGCACUGGGGGCAUCUAUCCAGAGGGACCGCAUCUCUACAAGAGAGAUGGAUGGUUUUAUCUUUUGAUCUCUGAGGGAGGUACUCAUGAAGGCCAUAUGAUCACAGUUGCGCGGUCCACUGACAUAUGGGGCCCAUAUGAGUCAUUUUCCAGUAACCCAAUACUCACUGCAAAAGGUACAGAUGAGUAUAUACGCUAUACUGGGCACUGUGAUAUGUUUCAAGACAAAAAGGGCGACUGGUGGGGUGUUUGCUUGGGUGUUCGCAAAGAGGAAGGCGGGAGAUUUGUCAUGGGUAGGGAAACGUUCAUCACACCUGGUACAUGGGCGGAGGGCGAAUGGCCCACACUAGAGCUCGUCAAAUCGAACCCGAAAGGCCUUUCUGUGCAAGAUCAGUCCUCCAGAAUCACUGCAAAGCCAUUUGUAGACUUCGUCUAUAUUCGAGAUGCAGACUUGAGCAACUAUACCAUUUCAGAUGAGGGAACAGAUAUUACUCUCAAACCGAGCGGCAUUGAUUUGUCGCACCCAACAAAUUCGCCAACGUUUAUCGGCAAACGUCAACGUACAUUGGAGGGUGCCUCCACGGUCAUCGUGUCGGGGCUCAACCAAUCAAGCCAGGUGAAAGCCGGUCUUGCAUGCUACAAGGACGAACAUCGUUACAUAAGGAUCUUCUAUGAUACCCUAGGUGGUGCGAUCAUCUUUGAAGAGCGCAACAACGCAAAGAAGAUUCACAAGACCACAAAGCAAGAACUGAAGAUUGGUGAUAGUCUGGCGCUGAGACUUGAAUAUACCGAGCGAGCGUAUCGGCUGUCGUACAGGAGCUCUGCCGAAGAAACUGCCGCCUGGCAGACUUUGGCCUCAGUCGAUACGAUGGACCUGACAGACCCUGAUUUCGUUGGACCAAUUAUGGGUAUCUUCGCGCUGGCAGAGGAUCAAUCGGCUGAAGUACGCUUCCAAGAUCUCGAAAUAGACUAA